GAACACAGACACCGUCCAUCAUCACCCACCAAAGAAGAUUCAAAAGUUAUGAACCACUGGAUCUCCAGUGAUGAAUCAUUGUCCCAGGAAUCCUUUUUCAUCAGAUAUAAUACGACUCGUAUAAGUGAGACGGAUAAAGUUUCUCAAGUCCAGGAUGUGAAUUUCAGUAGUGAUUACAUUCCACCUUGGAUUAAUAAUAAUAAUUUUCUUCAAUAUUUAAAACAGAAGGUUGAGGCAUGUUACACAGACAGUGACAGUGACAAUGACAUGAGGUCAUUACGUAGAUGUCUCGGGAAUAAAAUAAAACAUGGUACUAAUAACAUUUCAUGAAUCUUUGACUCUGCUCAGGAGUUAGAAUCGUUUACUGAUCCUCCCAGUGAAUUUGACAUUGCUCAUUUGACUAUUGAUAUCACUCUUGAUGCAAUAGUGAAGAUGGAAAUCAGCAUCUUAAUGGAACUUACAUGCCACCUAAAAACAACCUGUUUUUUCCUGAUGGACAAAUGAUAUCAAAUUCACUGCAAGACAUAGAAGAAAAUACAGAAAUACACAAAAAUGAAUUUGUUUACACAUUAAACAAUACAACAGUGCAUCCAACCAACAAAACUUUUAUGGACCACGAAAAGAAAAGUCAGAUGAUGUCGAGUAAUCUUCCCACAAAAAUACUAGGUGAUAAUAAAGAGUUUCAUAAGGAAGUAUUUCCUGAUGUGACAGCACCUGAAAAUAUUCUUAUACCAGAAGCAUAUACUACGGUAACACUUAUCAAAGCACCUAAAAAGAAAAAAAUAUCAAAAAAAAAAAAGUAUUCAUCUUCCCUGAAAAACUUUACAAAACAAGUUGAGGAAUUAUAUAAAGACUCAUUCUCUUCUGAUGACAGCAAUAAUGUUGAUAAACUAGCUGGUAUAACAUUAACCCAGAAACCUCAAGCUUCUGCUCAACUUCUACCACCAUUGUCACUGAAGUCCUCACCAAUUAAGACUGUGUGCUCUAGUGGCAGCUCCUGUCAAUCUUUUGUGAGUGUAGUUGAAGAAUUUCUUUACGAGGACCCCGAAGCUGGAGUUAAACUUAUUGAGCGACGCUGCCCUACCACGGUACUUGUCACCAG